UCCGGAGGGAGGGCUGGUGGAGGGGUCUCAGGAGGGAGGGCCCGAGGGCCGGACCCACAGGGCGACCUUAAAAAUUGUCCCGGGCCGGCGACCGCCAGCGGAGCGCAGGCGGCGGAGAGCGAGCCGGACACAGCCUGGCGCGGCGGGAUAUGUGGUGCACAUCCUUCCCUCCAGAGACUUGUCUUCCUCAGAAACCAGUAACGCCAUGAAGUCCAAUCCAGCCAUCCAAGCAGCCAUUGAUCUCACAGCAGGGGCCGCAGGGGGCACAGCAUGUGUACUGACCGGGCAGCCCUUCGACACGAUGAAGGUGAAGAUGCAGACGUUUCCAGACCUCUAUCGGGGCCUCACAGACUGCUGCCUGAAGACCUACUCCCAGGUGGGCUUCCGUGGCUUCUACAAGGGUACCAGCCCCGCAUUGAUUGCCAACAUAGCAGAGAACUCGGUGCUCUUCAUGUGUUACGGCUUCUGCCAGCAGGUGGUCCGCAAAGUGGUCGGAUUGGAUCGGCAGGCAAAACUGAGUGACCUCCAGAAUGCAGCUGCUGGCUCCUUUGCCUCUGCCUUUGCCGCACUGGUUCUCUGCCCCACAGAGCUUGUGAAGUGCCGGCUCCAGACCAUGUAUGAGAUGAAGACCUCGGGAAAGAUAUCGGCCAGCCAGAAUACAGUUUGGUCAGUUGUGAAGGAAAUCUUUAGGAAGGACGGCCCCUUGGGCUUCUACCACGGACUCUCAAGCACGUUACUUCGAGAAGUACCAGGCUACUUCUUCUUCUUCGGUGGCUAUGAACUGAGCAGAUCAUUUUUCGCAUCAGGGAGAUCAAAAGAUGAACUAGGUCCUGUCCCGUUGAUGUUAAGUGGUGGAUUUGGUGGGAUUUGCCUGUGGCUUGCUGUAUAUCCGGUGGAUUGUAUCAAAUCUAGAAUUCAAGUUCUUUCUAUGACUGGGAAGCAGACAGGAUUCAUCAGAACCUUCCUGACUAUCGUAAAGAAUGAAGGAAUAACAGCCCUGUAUUCUGGACUGAAACCCACCAUGAUCCGCGCAUUCCCUGCCAAUGGGGCGCUGUUUUUGGCAUACGAGUACAGCAGGAAGUUGAUGAUGAGCCAGUUGGAAGCAUACUGAAGUGUCCUGUGCACCUGGAUCCACGGCAGGUGUUUAGUGACUGGUUAACUCAGGGUUUCAUGGAGUAUAAGAACAAUGUUGAAUUAUGGGAUUUGUUCGGACUUUGUCCUUGUCUUCCCUUCUUCUGUUCAAAGUCUUGGAUUUUGUGGACGGUCCUCCAUUCUACACAGUAUAAUUUCUGCCUAUUUUUGAACCAAAACAGAAAAGUCACUGUCCUUGUCCUUGGUGGAGUGUACAGGGGAGCUGGUGGCCUUAUGUAUAGAGAUGCUGGUGGCCUCAUGCACUGGUCUUGUGCAGACCGUGUUCCUCUCAGGACAACUUCCGUGGAUGUUCGGUGGUACACAUGCAAUUUAGAUGGUCCUGUCACCACAGGAAAACAAAACUUUGUUCUGUGUUUAAUUAUAAAUGGUGACCAAUUUUUAUGUAGGUGGUUGUAAAUGAUUGCUUAACGCAUCCUAGAUAGAGGGCCGCAGCUAAAAGCUGGUGAGCCUGUGCACUGUGCACUAAGAGGUUAGAGUUUGUAACUUUUUGUGGUAUAUUAAAGCUAAAAUAUCCCUCUAUAUUUUUAGAUAAGCUUAUACGCGUAGUUGUGUAGCUUCUAUGUUCCUGAUGAAGUUUCAGGAUGGACAGCCUGGAUUUUUCUCAUGAUACUCAUCCCCUCACAGUGCUGUUUGUCUUCUAGGUGGGCUUCUCAUUCUGCACUCUGGUACUAGGAGGUGUGGCCAGAGUGUUAGACCUCUGGAGGGCAGCAGAGGACUCACCAGCUCCCUUCUCACUCAGAGCUUCCUCCCUCUGUGCUACUGAAAGGCGGGGCCUGCCCUGCUAUGCUCUCAUGAAAACCAACAGAGGUUCUUACCUGGUCUCAGCAGGCAUCCAGGGUGCUCUUUUGGUACUGGAUUUGAGGCCACUCUGAGCCCACUGUCUGUCUUCACCAAUUAGAAGCCCUUUCAGGAAGCAGAGAGGAAGUCUGGGCUCCCAGCUUUGAUCACAGGGUUCUACUAAUGGGGGAUCCAAGGGAGCUCAUUAAUUAGGCACCCUUCCUGAAGCCCACGUUCGGGUCCAUAACUCCUUGAUUUGCUUCUAUAUUUGGAGCUGGCAGAUUAUGAAUUUCAAUGACUGUAGAUGAUAUGUAACUUUGGAAAGCAUUAUGACAUAAUAAAAAUAUUUUUAUUAAACUAGGUAGUAUGUAUGUAGCAACCAAAAAAAAAAAAAAACUUAACCCCACAUUUCUUCUUACCCCCCAGACACAUGGGAUGGGUAAUUCUUUGGCUGUGGGGUCUUCUUAAUCACCACAGAGAUCAGGCACAUUGUUUGUACCCUUCCAAGAACAGGGGAUGGCAGAAGGAUCUGUUCCUACACUGCCUAUAAAGCUGAAGGAGGCAGGUUGACCUUGCCACAGUGCCAGGAGUACAAGGGUCAGGAAAGCAAAUUAUUUCCCAAAAGGGAGGAAUGCCUGUCAGCAUUCAUGAGAAAACUGUCAGCAUCCAUGAGAAAACUGUCUUUCUACUCCAGUGCUAUCUGUUCUUGUAUGACCAAUGGCUGCUGAGCGCUGCUUCAUCUGAACAGGUCUGGACUGAAGCAAACAUAGGCUUGGCUUCCUGCAGGAAGAGGACCAGCCAAAGCCAAGCUUUCCCUUGUAGGUGCCUGGGGUCUAGUGCCUUGUUGUCAGUGUGUCUCCUCAGUCUGUCCAUUAUGGGCUCUCCCGUAGAAAUAGUCAGAAACAAAGGGAAGUGGAGGAUAGAGGCCUAGGGAGAAUUUUUUUUUUUUUUAAUUAUCAUUCUGUUGGUUUGAGUUGUGGUUUCAUGUUUGGGUACAAUUGCACUUGAGACAAAACUAGAACUUUGAGAUAUUUUAUUUAAAGAAAUGAGUGCUCUGUCAUUAUUAAAUAAACCUAAUGUGAGUCUGUGAUGAGUUUCACUUAAAUACAUUAUAUUAAGGACCAAUAUUAAAGAGUUAUGGAUAAUAAUACUUGAAGGUGGUGGUUGUAUUGGAACAAGUGUUCUUUCUGGCAGCUAGAUUUCCUGGUGUAAAAUAAUUUUACUGUAGGCAAGUUGACAGAAAAGCAUUACCUCUGCACUCUACAGCCCAUUACAAUUGUGCUCUGCCUCACCAGUGUGGCGGUUUGAAUGGGAAUGGGGCCAUAGUCUCGUAUUUGGAUGUUUAGUCACUAGGGAAUGGAACUGUUGGAUAGGAUUAGGAGGAUUGGGAGGUGUGGCCUAUUGGAAGCUGUGUCACUGUGGGUGGUCUCUGAGGUUCUUAAAGCCCAUUUUUGGCCCAGCCUCUUCCUGCUGCCUGUAGCUCAGAGUGGAAAGCUCAGCCCCACAGUUUGUCUGCCUGAGUGCUCCCUGCUGUGAUAAUGGAGUAACCCUCUGAAACUGUAAGCAAGCUCCCAAUUAAAUGCUUUCCUUU